AUGCCUCCCAUCGCGCAGCUGGACAAGAGGACUCGAAAAGAAGCCGUCGACGUGGUCCACCGCGAUACCCGCCUGUACAUGCGCCCGCGUCUAGGCUACGUCCUACCUCACAUCCCUCACGCGCUCAUCCGCGCGAUGCCAAUCUUCGCGCGGAGCGUUGCCUUCCUGCACGUCACUGUCGAUCCGAAGACUCCUGAACUCUUCCUAGCGACUCUAGGCUGCGGGACCGAUCGGGCGAGUGAAGCGCGAUUCGUGUUCGCGAUGCGCGGGAGAACUAUCAGCGUCGAAGCUAGCAUUAUGGAUCCGCAGACAGAAGUCGCGAGAGUGGAACUGUUGGCAUGGAUGAAGGCAAAGGCACUGGAGCUCAUGGCUGCGGUGAAGGAGUACUUGGAAGGAGAGCUCGCGGAUGAGAAGAAGACUCUGACCAAGCAACCUGGUGCACUUGGCGAUGCAACGAAGCUCGAGGAGGCAACUCAAGUUGACCACCUAUCAGCUCUGCCCAGAGAAUUGCGCGACGAGAUCUACAGUUACCUCAUCCUCCCUCCACUCGGCAUCAGAAUUCAAUACCCGCCAAGAUCUACCGACGGCAAGAUGCUAGUAUCACCGCUCUUCCACGUCAAUAGCAUGAUCCGCGGCGAAAGCUGGUCCAUCGUCUACCAGAAUGUACACCUGGUGAUGGUGCCGCAGCCAAGAUUCGCCAACUCGACCAUCGCAACAGCUCGGCUGAUUAGCUCCAUGCCACCGUUCGCCAGAUAUGUUGACUCUCUCACGGUGAAAGUACAACUGAGGGCACCACACGAUCCCAAAUGCACCGUCUACAAGAAGGGACUGGAAAGACCGUCGUUGUCUCCGGUGAAGUUGACGUUUCAGAUGAACGCCGAGAAGAGGUACAAAAUCACUGGGAUUGCGGAGCUUCAUGGCCCUUAUGGGAAUCGAGGUUUUGUCGAACGGUUCAUGGAGGCCAAGGUGGAGGAGUUGGAGGAGACCAUGGUUGCGGUUUUGGAGACGAACAGAGCACUUCGAACACGUCUGUGGAAAAAGAAGCACAGCCCCUUCAUCGGCUUCGCGCCGAGGCUUCCACAGUCUGUGCUUGGAGCAUUCUAG